AAUCAAUUAAAAGCAUCUCUAUGAGGAACGUGCAGCGCUUCCAUGCAGAGCGUGGAGACGCUGAAUGUAGGUGCUGCACAUUGUGCAGCACUGAGAUAGGCGACACUUUAGUGGCCAUCUGAUUUCCAUAUGGUCUAAAGCUUUUCAUUCACAAAUAAUUUUAUAAAGGCUGAACAAAUAAGUGAAAAUUAAAUUGUCUAAAUUUACAUAAUUUAAAGUGUUUCUUCAAAGCAUUUAAUAAGCAUAAUUGUUAUAUGUAUCUGCUAUUUAUGCAGAACUUUUGUAGUAAUGUGCACUUCUUUUCAAAGCGGUUUUCUGGGACAGAUGCAACGAACUCCAAGAUAUUGAAAAGAUUAUGGCUCAGAUAGAAAGAGGAGAAGCUAGGAUACAAAGGCGGAUUAGCAUUAAGAAAGCAUUAGACACAAAGGUGAGAAUUGUUCCAGUGUUGCAGUUUAAGUUGUGCCAUGUUGAAAAUGUCACCCACAAUUAUAUACUCACCCACAAAUACUCUUUUAGAUUGGUCGAUAUAAGGCACCUUUCCACCAGCUAAGGAUAUCUUAUGGUACCAACAAAGGAAAGAAUUACACUGAGGAAGAAGAUCGUUUUCUCAUUUGCAUGCUGCACAAGCUUGGCUUUGACAAGGAAAAUGUCUACGAUGAACUUAGGCAAUGCAUACGGAACUCUCCCCAAUUCAGAUUUGAUUGGUUUUUAAAAUCAAGAACUGCAAUGGUAGGAAUUUUUAACUGUUUAUAGCUUUUUCUAGUCUUAAUUUGCAGUAAAAACUUAUAGCUCUAGGUGCAAAUAGCUCUUGUUUCUUGUUUGGGAUGGAGGUUCUUUUUCCUUUUAAGAUUAUCUUAAGCAUGUUUGAUUUCCUAGAACUACAUACUUUUUCUUGCAACUGUAUGUAUGUGAACCCUUUGGAAUGAUAUGGAUUUCUGCACAAAUUGGUGAUAAAAUGUGAGCUUUAUGCAAGUCAACAAUUCUUAAUCGUACUUCUUCGGAGAGCUCUUUUGUGCGAGGCAUCAUUCACAUCAGGCAAUGCUUCUUGUGAAAAGCAAACCCAGAACUGGUGUGUGUUUUUUAUAGGGCAGGGCAGCUGUAACAAACACCUCCAAUCUCAUCUCAUUGAUUGGACUCCAGUUGGCUGACAUCUCACUCCAAUUAGCUCUUGGAGAUGUCAUUAGUCUAGGGGUUCACAUACUUUUUCCACCUGCACUGUGAAUGUUUACAUGGUGUGUUCAAUAAAAACAUGGCAACAAUUUCAUUCUUUGUGUGUUAUUAGUUUAAGCAGACUGUGAUUGUCUAUUGUGACUUAGAUGAUGAUCAGAUCACAUUUUAUGACCAAUUUGUGCAGAAAUCCAUAUCAUUCCAAAGGGUUCACAUACUUUUUCUUGCAACUGUAUGUGGGAUGUCCUUGACACCUUGUCUAGGAAAGUGGAAUGCUGUUUGCGCAAAAAUUAUCAUAUAUUAAUAUGAACUUCUUAACAUGUGUCAAAAUUGGUACUUAUUAAGCACUAGUUAGAUGUUUAUUAGUACCUUAGACCAAGGCUUAAAAAUUGUAGACCUAUGUUACUAAUUUGCAGUCCUAUGCUUGCAAGCAAGUUACUAGCCACUUCAACCCAUACUAUAUCCUCCAGGGGUGACUUUCUACUCACCAGGGCUAAGGACCAUACAUCCUUCCUUAAAGCAGAAGUCCUGUGGGAGGGGUAAAAGGGUGGUGCGAUUCACAUCACUGUCUCUGUCCAGGGUGGGGAGGGGGUUGACCAACCUAAAAAGGGGGCGAGUGCUUCCAUUGAAUUCACAGGCGAGCCUGGUUUGAAUGGAUGCCAGGCUGCCUGCCAAUCAACAGGAACUUACCAUGCAGGGAGCACUGCGCUGAACAUAGCACAAUUAUGUCUAAUGAUACGAUUGCACUAUGCUUUUCCGUUUCCUGGUGCCCCCAAAGGCCAGACAUGGGAUUGAAAAUCAGGACUGUCCUGCUGAAAUCUGGUCGGUUGGGAGGCCUCCCCUAGACCACAUUUUAGAGUGGCAUACUUUGAUAAAUCUUCCUCAUUGUUUCUGGAGUUGUUUUGUUGUUGUAUGUGAGUGCUAACUUGUUUAGGUCUGUGAACAUGUUUGUGAUGGAUAGUUUCAUUGCACUGCGUUUUAGUGAGCUUAAGUUUGAGACCGUGUCUCAUGUGUAUUCUUCCCAAAUUCUUGCAUUAGUAUUUGUUGUGCAAUAUGUUCCCUUAACUUAUGUUUGAUUUUCUAGGAACUGCAAAGGAGAUGUAAUACAUUAAUCACUUUAAUUGAAAGAGAGAAUCUUGAACUUGAAGAAAAGGAGAAAGCUGAGAAAAAGAAGAGAGGACCAAAGCCUUCAUCGGUAAAAAAAUUUUAAAUGAACUUGUGCCCCCCCACACCCACCCCGAAUUGGAAAAAUGUUUGUUUUGGUUUUAUUUUUUCUUCUAAAGAUCUCACACUAUUAAACAUGCAUUUUUAUAUUUAGCGGAAAACUAUAGGGUCAGGAACACAAACAUGCAUUUCUUGACCCUAUCGUGUUAAAACCACAACUAGACCCACUGCCCUUUCCCUCACUUGUAAAUAUAGCAAAAUCUUACUUGUAUUCAAGUCUACAGUUGCUGCCUCUACCCUUGACCUGCCUGCUUGACUGACAUCAUCUGAAGUGAUUCUCUGUGCCAAUCACAAUGCUUUCACAUAGGAUUGUCUGAGACGGUCAAGGAGGCAGAGCCAGCACAUGUCAAACACAGCCCUGGCUAAUCAGUAUCUCCUCAUAGAGAUGCAUUGAAUCAAUGCAUCUCUGAGGAAAGUUCAGUGUCUCCAUGAAGAAGGUGGAGACACUAAAUUGCAGUGCUGCCCCAGAAAGCACCUAUAGUAGCCAUCCGAGUGGCCGCUAGUUGAGUUAAAACUAGGCUGUAAUGUAAACCCUGCAUUUUCUCUGAAAAGUAGUAGUGGUUCUGGUGACUACAGUAGAGUGUACCUUUAAGAAUGUAAUUUGCUAAUAUUUCUUGUUACAGGCACAGAAAAGGAAGAUGGAUGGGGCACCUGAUGGCAGAGCAAGAAGGAAGAAGCUGAAGCUUUAAAGUGUACAUUUUUAAAUCACCAACUAUCUGAAGUAGUUUUUACUUUACGGGUCUUCAUAAAAUGUACUGUACACUGAUCAGUUAUGUCAUUAAGGUUCUUUUGUUUACUGACCUAAGUAAACUUCAUAAUUAAUGUAAUGUCCAUUUAUAUAUAUUUUUUCUUUUCUUUUUUUUUUUUUUUUUAAAUAAAACAGCUGUGCUGGACUUUUUUUUUUUUUAACAAUUUAACAUUUUGGGAUAAUAAAAAAGGCUUUGUUUUAAUGUGUUCUUAAUUUGUUUGCUUUUUCCUGGCCAUAGAGCUAAAAAUGACUGUAUAAAUAAUUGUAAAGAGCUAUUUUUGUAUUCUCUAAUAUGAAACAUGCACAAUACCAAUAUCAUUACAUCCUUAUCUUGUGACAUCAUCAACACUUGAUUCAUUCUGUAGAUGUAUUAUGUAGUGGGUGUGAGAUCUGUGAGUUUUCUUAUGAUGUUUGGUGUAUAGAAGUUGAGUUCAUUUUGUGCUAUCUGUUUAGGUCAUGAGAUAGAUGUUGGCAAACAUUAGAUGGCGAGUUAAACUGUGCAUUAAAAAUGCAAGCACUUAUAAAUGACUGUUCACAAUUUGAGGUCGGGAGGAGAAUACGAUUUGCUGUGCAUGUUCCCAAGUUAAUAUUGUGGUCUACCUAUCCCUUUUUCAAGUACGGGAUGUUUUAGGGGAAAUAAUGCCAAAAUAGUAAAUCCUCAUUUGAUUUAUUGUAAAAAUGUCACCACAGUGUGUUAUAUAUAAUUUGAAUGCUUACUGAAAUGUACCAUCAGAGGAAGCAGGUUAAUGUAGAAUACCAAUCUGUCACCCUGCGUACAAAGCAUCUAACCUGCAAAAUAUAGCAGAUUAUUAGUCUACUUCCUCUGAAAUAGUGUUGGCAUAUAUCUGUUUUGGCUGCACCUGCAUCAUCUUUUAAUCAAAUGUGCAUCAUCAAAUGUACCAUACAAAAAAAGUGCUUUCCAAAAGGCAGACUGGAAGAGGAAUACUUCAUGUUGUACAAUAUUAAUUUAGAUUAUUGCCUCUAUUUAGUCUAACCGUAACACUGUAUGCCUUUUACUUCAUAAUGUAUAGCACAAUUGUUUUUUCUGCUCUGAGAAAAAUUUGUUUGCUCCCAGUACAUUGCAUUCUGAAAGGUUCUCAAAUGUUUGUGAAGUACUUAAUUUCUAGGUUUCUUUUGUAACUUGCAAAAAAAGUUUUGCCUUUAGAUGUACAAUAGAAGUAGUUUCAGAUUUAUUUAUUUUGUUGGUCCUGUAGAUGCCAAGCAUUAACAGAACUUAGUCACUGUUUUUCUAACUGUUUGAUUUUGUUGAUAAUAUUGCUUGAUGAAUAAGAAUAUUGGUUAGACAACUGAUAAUGCAUUGUUGCUUUAUGCGGAUGCACUUGCAUAAAUCAAAAUGCAAGCAAUGUGAAAAAACUACGAAACACAAAGUAAGAAAUGUAAUCUGGUUUUAUAUUCUCCUAGUAAUUACUGUACUACAUGCUUUGAAUUGCAGAUCAGGAAUGUCACAAAUUGUCAAAACUAGCAGUAGUAUUUAUUGAGAUAAAUAAAAACCGCAAAAUAUGUAAAUAUGCUUUGUUAAAUAGUCAGUACAGGCACCAUACCACUACAGUAUUUUAUGGUAGCAGGAGUCACCUGGUGCUAUCUCAUAGGACAUGAAGGUUUUUUUGUUGAGUGUGGCUUGACUCUUACCUGUCCUCCUCUUCUGAUGUCACUAGUGUGGGAGCUCCUAAUUCUGCAUUAGUAGCAUCAAUUCCGUCAGUGUUUGGGUGGAAUUCGUUUGGCAUGUGUCAGACUCUUAGCCAAUGUAUUUUGUCAAAAUAUGGACAAAAUUGAUAUACCUAUUGGGGUAGGGAACAUCCCUGUUUGAUAUCGCAGAAAUGGAGAUGGGUAAUUGUCAAGCUAUUAAAAGACUUAUUUGACUUCAUACUGUGGGGCAGUGCCCAGGGGACUUCUGGCACUAUAACCAGUCUAUGGUGUCUAGAGACUGACCCUUAUUGUUUAGGUAAGCAUAACCCAAUAUUGAUUGCAAUGAAAGUAGUAAAUUUAUGAAUAUGAACAAUGAUGGGUGAAAAAUGAAAACCCUGUGUUUUGGAUGUAGUCAUGGGUAAUUGUUUAGCAAUGCAACAGUUAAACAUAAGACACCCCCAUAUGUUUAACAAUGUUUUUUUUCUCUCAUUUAUGUAUAUACCCAGCAUGUACACUGUUUAAAAAUUCUUUUUACUUUUGCAUACUCUCUUGUGAAUAAAACAUUUUUACAAAUUGAAAAUUGUCACUCUACAACUAAAGUUCUGAC